AUGGCCUCCAUGCGCGUUCUCCGGCCACUGGCCAAAGCCGCAUCCAAGGCCUCCCUCGCCUCUACAAGCAAAACUCUUCCCCGGAGGACUUUCCUACCUACGCGCACCUUUGCUACGACGUGCAGCCGACCGAAGCCUGAGCCGUACAUGCCCGACGAUGUUGACACCACUUCUCUCACGCCGACACCCAUCACGCAUUUUUCCGAAACCGAGAUAAUGCUGGCGGAAUCGGUGUCCAAGUGGGCCAACGAAGAGGUGGCCCCUAAAGUGCGGGAGAUGGACGAGUCAGAAACCAUGGACCCUGCGAUUGUUGAACAGAUGUUCGAACAAGGUCUUAUGGGAUUUGAGAUCCCGGAGGAAUAUGGAGGUGCAGGAAUGAAUUUUACGUCUGCCAUUGUGGGGAUCGAAGAGCUUGCCAGAGUCGACCCUUCGGUUUCGGUCAUGUGCGACGUGCACAACACCCUGGUGGUGACCGCGAUCCUUAAAUACGGCAGUGAAGCGUUGAAGAAAAAGUGGCUCCCCAAAUUGGCGACAAACACCGUCGGUUCUUUCUGCUUGUCUGAACCUGUAUCGGGGUCAGACGCUUUUGCGCUGAAGACCAAGGCCGAGAAGACGGCCAAUGGAUACAAGAUCAAUGGCGGAAAAAUGUGGAUUACAAACUCAAUGGAGGCCGAUUUCUUCUUGGUUUUUGCCAAUCUCAAGCCCGAGGCCGGUUACAAAGGUAUUACGGCUUUCAUAGUUACCAAGGAUAUGAAAGGCUUCAGCAUCGCCAAGAAGGAGAAGAAGUUAGGAAUUCGAGCCUCGAGCACAUGUGUCAUUAACUUUGACGAUGUUGAGGUGCCCGCGGAGAACCUGCUGGGCGAGGAAGGCCAGGGCUACAAGUACGCCAUCAGUCUGCUCAACGAGGGUCGAAUCGGCAUUGGAGCCCAGAUGACUGGUCUGGCUCUAGGCGCUUGGGAGAAUGCGGCCAAAUAUGUGUGGAACGACCGAAAGCAAUUUGGCAAGCUGGUUGGAGAGUUCCAGGGCAUGCAGCAUCAGCUUGCCCAGACAUAUACGGAAAUUGCCGCUGCUCGAGGCCUUGUCUAUAACGCUGCUAGAAAGAAGGAGGCCGGCGAAGAUUUCGUGACGGAUGCCGCGAUGGCGAAGCUGUACGCAAGUCAAGUGGCAGGCAAGGUCAGCAGUUUGGCUGUGGAAUGGAUGGGCGGUAUGGGUUUCGUCCGAGAAGGCAUCGCCGAAAAGAUGUAUCGAGACAGCAAGAUCGGGGCCAUCUAUGAAGGGACGAGCAAUAUUCAAUUGCAGACGAUAGCAAAAGCUCUCCAAAAGAAGUACACCCAGUGA